AUGGAGCAGCAAGGGAUGGACGUGGAAUGUGUGACUGAUUUCAAAGCUCUCCGAGCAAAAUUUCAAAAUGACUCUGACUUGGCUAACAAGCUGGUGCAGCCACUCAAGAAGCCUUCCACUGAGAUCACAUCCAAGCUGGGCUCUGGUGGGAAUGCUGUGUCCAACCCUCUGCCCCUGAGUAAGAGAGAUGUGAAAAUAAUAAAACCUGCCCAUCCUACCUCCCAGCCUUCUAUGCUCACUCAACAUAGCCCCUUGCCAUUGCCUCAAGCCAAGCUGGGACACAACAAAGAACAGGAGGGCAACAUCUCAGGGAAAAGGCUGAGUUCUCCCCAGAACAGUUCUGAAAAGCCUCUGUUGUCAUGUAGUUCUGACCAGCAAGGAUCAGGCCAAACAGCUCCAGUGGACCCUCAGCCCCCAAACUCUUUCCACCACGUCCUACAGAUCUGGGAAGAGACUUUAUCCUGCAAUGAGAAAGCAAGUGCAACACUCCCAAUGCAACGGGCAGCAAACUUAGACAUGUACCCUUGUCCAGAGCAGAGGGCGACACGUGCUCCUGUUGCAUGGGACAGUGACAGGAUGCGACCCUCUGGAAGCAAGGCUGUGCUGGACUGGCGCGCCCAAAAGAAGAAUGCUCUGCGUGGUAGUGGGACAGCUCUUCCCCAGGCUCCCAGAGGACACAGAAGUUCUGAUGGGGCAGGUGCUGAGGGCAUGGUGGCAACUGCAUUCUGCCAGGCAGGUUAUCGUCCACCAGGAGAGAAACCUCAGCACCAGAAAGAAUUGGAGCCUCCCUUGUGCCAGCCCAGAGCAGGAAAAUGGUCUUACAGCCCCAGGAACAAGUGGCCAAGAAUUAAACCUCUCCCUUCAGCUGAAUCCCUGGGUCCUGCCCCUGGAAAGCCUCCAAGACCCCCAAAGUUUGACCUCAAUGCUUUCCGAAGCAAUCUGCCUUUGGUCCACAGAGGAAAUGAAACAACUGCUGGUGAAGAGGAUUACUUGAGCCCCAAAAGUGCUCAACUUCAAGAGCAGAAUAAUUAUGAAGAAACCCCAGUGUACCUGAAUCAGGCUGGGGACACCACAACCUUGUGUGUCAUUGAAGGUACUUUACAAGUACCUAAGGCAGAGCCUCAGGAGCACAAGAAACAGAAGAUUUUUCCCUUUGCCAAAUCCAGUCCUGAAAGAGCUACAAUAGAGGAUGAAAAAGAGGGGAAACCAAGUCAUGAAAGAGAGAAACUGGAAGUGAUGAAAAUUUUCAAGACAGGUGGAAGUGAAUACAUGUCUCCCAGUAGUCAAACCAAGGAAGAUGGCAGAGAUGGGAUGAAGGUCCUGCAAGGGAGGCAGGAUGUGACCAGUACCCUGCCUGCAAACUACCCGAUCCUACAAGGUCUGUCAAAAGACAGAGCAGAGCUCUUGCACAGCAUGGAUGUUGGUGCUCCAAAGCUGGGGGCAGAAAGAACAGCCUUGAACCAAAACACUUGGCAGCCUCUGCAGGCACCAGAGGAUAUAUAUGAUGACAUUGAGGAAUUGCAAGAUGGACUCAGCUACAGGUCAGAUGCCUCAAGUUCCUUCACUUCAGACAGCUUUUCAGGAAACACCUACGAGGAAACAUAUGAAGAUGUUGAGAUUGGAGGUGAUAAUCCAGCAAAACCAGAAACAGAAAAACAAAAGAGAUUUGGAAACCUGUUUAAGAUAGAAAAGUUGAAGCUGAAUAAUUUCAGGCUCAAGGAAAACCUAAGAAAUAUCUUCAAAUUCAAGAAGAGCAGUGAAGAAAAAAGCAGGAAGAGGGAAAAAGAAGAGAAGUUCUUUAGAGAAACAUUUAUGUAUGAUAAGGAGAUCAAUGUCAUCAACACAGCCACUGCUGAGUGCUCUGUCCCCAGUGAGAGGAGAGUGGAUCUCCCUGUCACAGCUGGAGAACAGCUGGAUGUUAUUGAUGUCACGGAGGGCCACGCAGUGAUCUGCCGAAAUUCAGAGGGCAGAUAUGGCUACGUUCUAGUGGAGCACUUGAACUUCGGGCAGACAGUGCUAACUUCGCUGAGAGCUGCUCUCCCCUGGACCAUCCCUGAAAGUCUCCUUUGUGCUUCCUGCAUCCAUGAGAGUGCACGUUGGUCAGCUGUGGAGUGAUGAUGCCCAUCCUUGCUGGUACAUCCUAACCACAUCAAACCUCAAAAUAAUUCUGAUGCAAGUUUUAAACCCCGUUCCUCUGUGUUUCUCCUCGAAAAGGAAAUCAUCAUGAUAACAGUUGUUGAUUUGAUGAGUAGUGUCUGAAGGAGAAUUGAAAUUUUUUUAGAGGGCAAUUCUGUAUCACAGAAAUUGUGUAAAAAGGAGCAUGGAUAAGGAAAAAACUGGGGCACUCACUGCAGC